GCGCUCCACGCAGAGUGGAUGUGGACCAGAACAGCGUGUGUUCAGUUUGACGAGGCUGCAGGAGCAUGCUGACACCGGGAGGCCGCGCUUCUAAAGAGUCUUAUUGUGCGAUGCCUGCUGCUCGAGUCCAAUCCAUGUCAUCGUUGUUUUUUUUAAUCGCAAGCUAUUUCUCACUCGCCGUUUAACAACACGAACAACAGACAUGACUGAGAUCCCGCGGCAACAAUUGCUCGAAAUCGACCCGGACUUUGAACCGCUCUCUCGUCCCCGGUCAUGCACCUGGCCCCUGCCCCGUCCGGAGGUCAUCGAACCUGGGGGAUCCUCCAACACCUCUUCCCCGGAUCCGUCGGUGAAACAAGAACCCGGGGGGAGGAACGCGGACUUCAUCGGUAACCUCGCUCUGCUGGAGGAGACCGACGACUUUGAAGAUGAGCAACAACCUCCCAACCAGAGUGUGUGCAGCGAGUUUCACACUCUUGAAAACUCGGCGGCGGCUCACGUGCACCCUGCAGGGCGGCAACAUCAGACACAUCAGAGUCACCGCGCGGGGCUCCAGCCGCCCCGUCCACAGGUGGCCGGGCUCGCGCCUCCCUCUUCAAGCUGUCCCUCCAUCAGCUCCUCGUCUCUCGCGCAGCGGAAGAGCAGCUCGUCCCGCCGCAAUGCUUGGGGGAACAUGUCCUACGCCGACCUGAUCACAAAGGCGAUCGAUAGCUCGCCCGACAAGCGUCUCACCCUGGCUCAGAUAUACGACUGGAUGGUCAAGAGUGUGCCCUAUUUUAAGGAUAAAGGAGACAGCAAUAGCUCUGCAGGCUGGAAGAACUCCAUCAGACACAACCUGUCGCUGCACAGCCGCUUCAUGCGCAUGCAGAACGAGGGCACGGGCAAGAGCUCCUGGUGGAUGCUGAACCCCGAGGGCGGCAAGAGCGGCAAGUCGCCCCGCCGGAGAGCGGCUUCCAUGGACAACAACAGCAAGUUCACCAAGUGCCGGGGACGGGCCGCCAAGAAAAAGGUGUUGCUGCAGGAGCACUCAGACGGGGGUGUGGCCAGUCCGGCGCCGCCCUACUCCCAGUGGAUGGAGAGCCCCAACUCCCACAGCAACGAUGACUUUGACACCUGGGGCGCCUUCAGGACGCGCACCAGCUCCGACGCCAGCACCCUGAGCGGCCGCCACUCCCCCUUCCUGGCCGAGCAGGACGACGCGGGCGACGUCGACAUCCUCCACAUCGGCUACCCCGGGGGCGCCAAGCCCGCCGCCAGCCCCGUGCCCGAGCUGCCCGGACCCAUGGGCCAACGCAGGUCCGAGGGGGGCAUGGAGAACCUUUUGGACGACAUGAACCUUUGUCUGUCCCCUACCAUCCCUCAGCUGGCGCCCGACGUCCCCCGCGCCACAGCCGGGCCCCUGCUGCAGAAGGGCCCCUAUGGCGCGCCCACACCCAUGCCCCCCCGGCUGCAGCAGGACUACCUCAAACGCGCGGCGUACGGCCAGCCGCAGAUGACCUCGCUGUCCCCCGUCCUCGCGAGCGCCGCUCCGGACGCCCAGCCCGGCUUCGGGCACUUCGACAACCGCUACAACGGCCACGCCGGCCUGCUGAAGGACCUGCUGACCUCCAACGCCGAGCGCGGCCGGGGGCAGGCCGUGCCCCCGGCCGCGGACAUGGGGCUCAACGGAGGCUGCCUGCUGCAGCCUAGCUACAGCCGACAGGUGUACGUGGGGAACCAUCCCGGUCUGGGUCGACACGCGCCUCCCAUGCACCGGCAGAGCCCCUGUCGGCCCCAGGACCUGAAUAGCUGCAACAUGAUCCCGCUGACUAGCAUCAGCCUAACCAGGGUGCCUCCGCGAAUGACCCAGCCCAGGACGUGCAUGCAGACGCCCCUCGGCCACUCAGGACACGCCGGCACCGUUCCGGCCACCUAUGGCAGUUGCAACGGGGGUUACGGGGGACCUGUCCCCGGACAUCUCCGGGGGCAGUACCCCGAGAGGCUGCCCAGCGACCUGGACAACAUGGCCUUGGAGAGGUUUGAGUGCGACAUGGAGUCGGUCCUCUAUGAGACCCUUAUGGACGGGGGGGCACUGGACUUCAACUUGGUUUGACCCCACGGAGGCCCCCAGCCGUUAGCUCAGAGGGUGAGAGUGGCUCGCCCAGCUGGGGGUCCGGCUAGGGGCUCGGCAUCCAGCAGGGAUAGAGCGGGAAAAGGCUUUUGGUUUGGGUUGAGGAAGAUGUUUCUUAUGAAGAUGUCAAAAUUCAUCUGGAGGUCAAUUCAACUCAGCAUUAUGUAUAAAUGGUUACAUAUUCACAAAUGGCUCCACAGAAAAACUGCUGAAACUGAAGUCUACGUAUCCAACUUUUACCUGCCAGCAACUGGAACGUUGAGUUAUAUUUAUAUGAGCUCAUCUUGUGUGUUUGGGUUUAUCUUAUUCCUUUAGUGUCAGAUGUCCUCGUGAGCCAUAUGGUGGUCUUGAUAUGUUAUUGAUAUGUUAUUUCUAUGAUAUGUCAUAAUUCAUGACAAGAGAAUGAAAACAAAAACUAAUUGAAAAAUCAGGAAAAAUAAAUCAAGAAACAAUUGAGACAUGUGGAUGCUUUGUGCAAUAUGUAUAUUUGAAAUACUGUAUUGAUUGAUGAUCGUUUUCAUUUCUGGAGUGUGAUGGUGUCUUAGGGAAUAGGGGAACAAUUGAGUCACUGUGGAUCGACAAAAGGGGACCCAUCUUCAACAGCGCAGCAAUAAAAACGCUGCUGAUAACAUGACAGGAAAAUUGUGCAACUCCCCCUGUUCCACAACAUGUGAUUUCUAACCCUCACUUCAGCACUUAAAAAUCAUUACGUUUGAUAAGUUUAAAAAUGAAAUGGUCAAAUUACGUAAAUUUAAAAUCAAAUCAAUGGGUCACACAGGACACACCCUGUUGAGCCCUGGAUUAUGGAGAAAAGCCUAGCCGAUAUAAAUGAAAUAUCAAGAUGCUAUCGCGAGUGGUUCUCAACCGACUGAAGUUGAGCUGACACAGGAUUUGUGCUGACAACUCCACAGCCCUACUACGUACCAAAGAGUUAUCGGCCAGACCUACAAGCAGUUUGAACUCCCAAUGCAUUAUAUGAAGGUGUGUGUAGCCUACAUAGCGAGAGUACUUCUGUACGUUUUGAAUACAGCAAACAACACACAAAUAACUUCAAAUGGACAUUUGAUUUGAUGCUGAUGUUUAGACCAAAUUGCUGUACAUGAAGCAACGUUGCAAGUCAUUUUUUAUUCCACUUUAGUUCUUUACAAAGCUUAAUGUAUAAUGCAGUAAACACUCUCAUACCUCAAAUGUAUUACCUCUGGAGUGCUAAGGUGAUUCUCAACAUGUCUUAAUUCUCCAUAAUGCAUUAAAUGUUAAUAUGUUUUCAUGUUAUACUUAUAAUGUAGAUAUAUUUUGUUAUUUUAAGUUUAAACGUUUUAUCUUUGUGAUUCCAGUUUAUAUCCUGGAAAACUAUGUUCAAGCUUUCCCUUUGAUUAUGGUUUUGAAAAUUAAAAUCUCAUGCAUGUGAAAAUUAUUUCAGAAAUGUUGAAACAAAUGUGUUAUGAUAAUUUAAAAAGAGAAUAUAGCAUAACAUUGGCAACAUUUUCAAGUACAAUUUUUAAAACCUCCCAGCACUUGCAAGAUGUUGAUAUUACUCAAAUUUUCCAAAUUUUCUCUUCCACUUAUUAUUUGAGCGAAAGUAAAUGUUUCUUGUGAAAUUUUGAAAUAAAUGAAGUUCCUGUAUUCUAAAUCAGUUAUCGAUAAUAUUUAACUAACUGUGUCCGACGUCUCAUCCCCAAAUAUAAGACAGAACACAACAUCUAUGAAGCCACUCUCCAUUCAAACAACAUAUCACCAUGCAGGUUACACCACUUUUAGGUUGUCUUCCUUAAACCCACAUUUCUCAGACAAUUAGCUUGACGAUUGUUCAGACACAAAUCCUCAUGAGUAAACCCUCCGGAUCUUUCUUUAGACUACGCGUCUGGUGUUGUUAAUCUGGUUUCAAAGUGAGUUAUGGCGGGGACCAUGGAGCGACUAUGCGCAGCAGAAAGACAUGUGGCUCAUGUUGGAGAUAUAGGCAGCAUCAUGACCCACAACACAUGGGCUCCACAUGUCUCCCUGGCGUGAGCCAUGGUGUGAUCUCUACAGAGGUCAAGGCAGGAAAUGCAGCCUGAAAGAGAAGGUUUGCAGAGGCUCAAUGAAGGGCAGAUAAGCACCCAACCUCACAGACAAGAUACACAACUGUUGUGCGCUCGAAUGUGGAGGAAUUGGUCCAUUCUACCCAUCUGUUGUUAGCCCAGAUGAACGCAGUGGCAAUAUUUUGAAUGGAUUGAUUGUUUCAUUGGCUAUUCUAUGUAUGAGUGCAGACAUUAUAAAUCACCCUGGACGAAAGUAGGCCUGUUGAAUAUCUGAUAUGUUAUGUAAUUGUAGGCUAUAUCAUUUGAUUUGCUUUCAUCCAGUUCUCAUCCAUUCUCAGCACGGGGGGGCCCAAGUGGAAUUUGAGUGGCCAUUGGUUAGAAAAGCGCUGUAUAAAUUUGGUCCAUUUACCAGGCCCUAGUUUUCUCUCCGAUCAAUGACUAAUACAUUUUACAUGGAACAUUGUUGUUUGAAAAUAUAUGGGAAAUAGGAGAUAGAAACCCUUUUGAUGUGGAUUUCGCACAGGAUGGCGAGAUAAAACGACAUGUUGAUGUUAACAGGAAGCAAGCUGAAGCACAUUGAACCAUCCGAAAGUAAGAGGAAAGUGGAGAGAACUGAUUGUUGUGUUGAGCAUGGAUCGAAUGGGCCAAGCUUCCAUAAUUGAACCAUCCAUGGUUUAACUAUAACUUCUAAUAUUUUGAGGAUCCGAAACAGAAGGCAAAUGACAACGAUUCUGAAAAAAUGAACUUCUUGAGGACUCUUAAAUUUCCCUCCGUUACAUCACAUCCUAUGUAGAAGACCUAGGUAAUGCCUAACAUGUAGUCCUAUGGUAUUAUGCCAUGAGGAUGCAAAUCACAUCACUUGAAUGCAGAGGUGUUGAUAUGUCAGUAUUCUGAUGCACUAAACAGGAAUGCAAUGUUGGGAGAUGUACAAUUUAGACUAGAGGAUAAGUCAGCGAUUAAGAGAUUUUGUGUCUCCUUUUGUUUAGGCUACAAAUGUUGAAAACGGUUUCAUAUACAAACAUGAAUACCAUUGUCUAUGAAUCAGAUGAUAGAAUGUAGAUACAGAGAAUGAGAGAAACAUGUAAAGUGCAAUUGGAUGCCUUAGAGUUCUAAAACAUAACGGCCUAAAGAGCUUCAUUGUUGUC